GUGUAGGCCUGUAAAUUGCAAGGACUUGGCCGUGAACCACGCGGGAGGUUGCACGCCCGUAAAGCCACGUGACAACGGCGUUAUUUGUUCCACUUAUUAACAAGUAUAUUUUCCACUCGAAUGAGUGGAAAAGAAACAGAAACAGUAAUCAAGAAGAAGACGGAGAUGGAGAGCAUUCCUUCCUCCACCGGCAGCACCAAUUUGGAGCGCUGUGAAGGAGACAAGGUUACUCUUCCUAAGGUACAGGGUGAUAAAGACGAGGGAUUCACCCUGGUUAAAAGCAAAAUGGGUAUCAGAGGAGGGCGAUCCAGGCUCGAGCACAAUAAGGAUCGCUCCAAUUCUCGAAAGGUUGGGUCCACACCUGCGUUUCAACCUGCCUUCAGGGACAGGUUCAAACAAAGACGUGACCCUCAGGUAAGUACUACCCCCGCACAGAACAGACUGGGGACCAGUACUAAAAGAAGUAGGAUGGAGUAUUCUUUCACUCCACCUUCUGCAAAAGGGCCUGCCAAAAAACCACGGCAAGGAAAGGCAAAGGAAGAGCAGGUAAUGACUCAUAAACCAUUGUUUAAAGUUCUUUUUAGGAAAGCCAACAAGGAUUUCUUCACAAACGAUGAGGCACUAGAGUUGAGAUCACUGAUCUGCAACAGUGCCCUCGAACUGAUUGAGGAAGAAGAUGAGGACCAAGGCGUGGAUUUCAUAAAUUCAGGUCUUGUUGAAGGAGGAUCCAUGUUCAUAAUAAGCUGCGGGGAUGAACUCACCGUCAAGUUUGUCAGGGACACGCUAAAGAAGCUGUGGGAUGAGAGGAAAUAUGUGGUCUGUGACAUUAACGACCUCCCAAAGAAGGCCAAAGUGUCCACAUAUGCAGUGGGACUCGAGACAAGGAAAGAGUCAAUAAACAAACUGCUGAGAAUCUCCAACAGGAAAGCAGGUUUGAAUAUAAAGGAUUGGGAACUCGUUGAAUACAACAGAGAACCCCACACAGGCCACGGGACUUACCUCUGUUGGGAAGUACCAGAAGCGGAUGCUAAAAAACUCCAACAAAAUCCAAUGAUGACACUGGAGUUGAACCGCAUCAGGGUGGAAGUCUCCAUACCUCCAUACCCUUUCUACCAGAGAUAAUGGAGAUUGAUAAGGACCUAUCUCCACUGACAAAGGACGAUGGAAGAGACUCCAAUCCAGCUCACACGGAUAGAGGUAAGGGUGAUGUAGGAGCGGGUGGUCCUGGUGUGGAAGGGGUGAUUGUCGAUGAGCUUUCUAGCGAAUCUGAUGAUUCCCUUCUGAAUCAGGGUUAAACCUUCCUCUUCUCAUUUAAGUGACUCACCCCGAGUGUACCAUGGAUUAUUCAUGAGACCUGUCAGGGUGUCACAAAUUAAUAUGCAGCACAGUAAGAUUGCCACGGCUGAAAUUGGUAGGGACAUGACUUGGUCUGCAAACAUUGAUUUAAUACAGGAACCCUAUACCUAUAGGGGCCUAGCAAUUGGUUUAAAAAAUAAAAAUUUUGAACUGUUUCAGGAUCUAAGGUAUGACAGGCCGAGAGCAUGUAUUGUGGCUCAUAAGGAAUUAAGACCAAUUCCUAUAACCAGGUUUUGUUCUAGGGAUAUCAUUACAAUAUCAAUUGAUUUCAGGAGAAGGGGGAGCCACAAAACUUUAUAUCUGGCAAGUGCAAACUUACCCCACGAUGAGCCCAACCAAGGCAGUAAAGGAACUUAUAUUGUGACGAUAAUAAUAUAGGUCUUAUUCUGGGCUGUGAUGUCAACGCACACAACCUAGCAUGGGGUAGCACAGAUAACAAUGCAAGAGGUACAUUCUUGGAAUAUAUAUUAAGCAAAAAUUUAUCCAUCCUGAAUGUAUGCAACACUCCCACUUUUAUAACAAAAAAUAGAAGGGAAGUAUUGGAUGUAUCAGUAGCCUCUCUGCCUGCCAAUUGCUAAUUGGGUAACGGAGUGGAAGGUGACACCAGGAUGCAUACCUGCUCCUACUAACCUAACAGAGCUGGAGCAGGUUGCUAACAACAUUAUACAGGUCAUAAACUCUGCGUAAGUAGAAGCGUGUCCUGAAAAAAUACAUCAGAAUCGACAUCACUGGUGGAAUAAAGAUCUGGCUAAGGAAAAGGGUCAGAGUAUCACACAAAAAAGCCCUGCAGUGGAACUAUAAACUGUACUGGAGAGAGUAUUUCUUCAUGAAAAAAAAAGAAUAUAAAAAAGAGUUAAGGAAAACUAAGCGUAAAGCCUGGAGGGACUAUUGUUUGGAAACAGAAACGAUAUAACAAAUACAGUGCGGCGCUGGCCCGAAGAGAGAGGGACAAAGAGGUUGCAACAAGAGAGAGGGGAUGGACUACGGUGUAGUUAUGAUUGGUACCGGGUGAAGACAGGAAUUUUUUUGGGGGAGCUGAUUAUCUGCACUAAAUCAGACAUCCUUGGCCUAGGAUCAUACAAGAGGAUUCUUUUCAACAUUGGAGACCAAUAUUCAAGAAUAGCAUUUCCUCAAGGUCGAAACAAAUUUUCUUCUCUCUACAGGAUCAGCGUAGCGAGGCAAGAAGACAGGACUUUUUUUUUGGGAGCUGAUUAUCUGCACUAAAUCAGACAUCCUUGGCCUAGGAUCAUACAAGAGGACUCUUUUCAACAUUGGAGACCAAUAUUCAAGAAUAGCAUUUCCUCGAGGUCGAAACAAAUUUUCUUCUCUACAGGAUCAGCAUAGCGAGGCAAGAAUUAUCAACUUACAUACAAUUAUACAAUACAGUUAUCAACCAUCGACUUUAAUUUGUAAUCUUCCGUAAUAGAUAAUAAGAUUCAUUUAAAAAAUAAAUAAAUAAAAAAAAA